AUGCUUCAACAACGCAUAGAAGCAAUUGCAGAUAAACUUUCACAAUCAGAUUAUGAGAUAGUUUGUCUGCAAGAAGUUUGGAUUUAUGAAAGUUAUGAAUUUAUCCGUAAUAAAACAAGAAAAAGAUUUCCAUACGCCAGAUUUUAUUCAAGUGGUAUUUUUGGAAGUGGACUUGUAAUUCUUUCACGUUAUCCAAUAGUUGAAGUAAAUUUUUAUAAAUAUCGAUUAAAUGGUCGUCCAAUCAAAGUUCUACAUGGUGAUUGGUAUUCGGGUAAAGGUGUUGCUAGUUCUGUUGUUGACCAUCCUGUAUCUGGGUUAAUUGAAAUAUUUAACACUCAUCUGAAGUGA